AUGGGCAAAUUCAGAUCAAAAGGCUGGGUUGCUACCCACCAUGGUGGAGCUUUACUCGAGAUGUUCGAGGCUUUGACGCCUUUCCCUCUUGACUGGGACUACUUCGCUUUCAGCAGACUAUCUCUUAUUAUGGAAGUAAACUGUGAAGAGGCAUUGUGUCGUGGCUGCACGCAUAAAUGCGCAACUAAAAGCAAUGCAGGAAGCUUAUGUGUACUCAAAGGCGCUUCAAAACCUCUGGGUGAACGUCUUGAGCCCCGAACUACACAUCAAAGAUCUUGA